CUGACCUACCUCAAAGGCGCCUGAUUUCUUUGCUCUCCACGUGCUCUCCUCUCAGUGGUUCUUCACAUUUCUCUCAAGAAUACCUCCCCACUCCCCCUCCUCUCUCGCUGCUUUUUCCCCUCUUUCUCUCCCUCCUCUCUCACCUUCCACUUUCAAAAACUUUAGUAAACAAGCAAACAAACCCUCCUCAUCGCCUCGGAAAAUCACCAUCUCCGUCGGAAAAUAUCGCCGGAGCUCAACUCUUCUUCGUCACUCCAUCUCACGACGCUUCUUCUCUUCUCCUUCUUAUUUUUUUUGUGAAAAAGAUUUCAAGUUGUUCUUUUACUUCUCUCCGAAGCUAAAAGGAGAGAAAAAUUAAUUAAUUUUAACCCAAUCUUGCCGUGUAGAAAUACCUGGAUGUAUAAUUUGGUAAAGGUGAAAUCAGAAAAUAUAUAUAUGGAAAAACAGAGAGAUAUUUUGUUCAAGAAAUGAGGAAUUCAGGGAUAGUUUGACAAUUUCGUAAGCUUUUGAGCAACAUGAGUUGCGAGAGAAGGAGAGGAGGAGUGGAAAUUUACGAGCAGAGAACUUCCGUUGAGGAAAACGGCUCUAUUGAUCAGAAUCUGCUAAUUGACCCUAAAUUGUUGUUUAUCGGAAAUAAAAUCGGCGAAGGAGCCCAUGGUGAAGUUUAUAAAGGAAGGUACGGUGAUCUGAUUGUGGCCAUUAAGGUUCUUCAUCCAGGGACCACGUCGGAGGAAAGAGCUGCGCUUGAGGAUCGGUUUGCAAGAGAGGUUAAUAUGAUGUCUCGAGUUAAACAUGAGAAUCUUGUCAAGUUUAUUGGGGCUUGUAAGGAUCCAUUUAUGGUGAUUGUUACAGAGUUGUUACCAGGGAUGUCACUCCGGAAGUACUUGGUUAGUAUUCGUCCGAAACAGUUAGACCUCUAUGUGGCCAUAAAUUUUGCUCUUGAUGUUGCGCGAGCUAUGGAUUGUUUGCAUGCUAAUGGGAUUAUACACAGAGAUCUUAAGCCAGACAAUUUGUUGCUUACGGCAAAUCAGAAGUCUGUGAAGCUCGCAGAUUUUGGUCUUGCAAGAGAAGAAACUGUGACUGAGAUGAUGACUGCAGAAACUGGAACAUACCGUUGGAUGGCUCCUGAGUUGUACAGCACCGUGACACUGCGUCAGGGAGAAAAGAAGCAUUACAAUAACAAAGUUGAUGUCUACAGCUUUGGAAUUGUGUUAUGGGAGUUGUUGACCAACCGCAUGCCAUUUGAAGGCAUGUCAAAUUUGCAAGCUGCCUAUGCUGCUGCUUUUAAGCAAGAGAGGCCUGCUCUUCCAGAGGAUGUAUCCCCUGACCUCGCAUUUAUCAUGCAGUCAUGUUGGGUUGAAGACCCCAACUUGAGGCCUAGCUUCAACCAGAUCAUCCGGAUGCUCAAUGCAUUUCUCUUCACACUCUCACCACCUUCACCCACACCAUCCUUACCAGAAUCUGACACCAAUGAGGCAGCAUCAUCAAGUAAUGGCACCAUAACCGAGUUUUCUUCUCGCACAAGAGGAAAGUUUGCUUUCCUUCGCCAACUAUUCACAGCUAAAAAGACCAGGAACACUCAUUGACUGGCUAAAUUUUUCAAAAUUUUUCCUUUUGAACCAGCUCACAGAAACUUGUCCUGUCAUAGAAGAAUUUUAUUAACUGCUUAGAUGAUGGUGAUUAGUGUAGGAUUGAAACAAAUGCUGAACAGAAAUGACUUAAUGAGGAAACUUGGUCGGAAAAUAAAACGACGAUUAGACUGUUUAGAUGGUCUGUGGAUCUUUUUGUAAAGGAAAUACAUGGGUUUAGCAAUUAUGUUCA